AUGCGUGCGUGGUCGAUGUUUUGCAGAAGAAACAUGCUCGUCGUUUGCGGCCCUCAGAAGAACAUAUUCGGGGAGCUCAACUUCGGUGUGCCCCCACAGGACGAUGUGACUCAGGGAUAUUCCACCGAGAGACUGAAGACUGAAAUGCAGUUCCCCCAUUGGGGUUCGGAAGGGCGAUUUUCAUCGUUUACCGAUGCUCCUGUCGUUGCCCGAGUUUUCGGGGGUCUUUCACCAUGUCAAGCGUCAAUUGCCAGUUGGGAUUUGCUAUUUUAUCAGUUCAUCAUGCAGAGAUUCCAUACGCUCUGUGGAACUUUGGAUGCACGCCGUGGUUGA